AUGGCUAAGAAAAGAAUUAAUAAGACUAUAAUUGACCUCGGAAGACGUAUAAAGGGAGGACCAAAGAAUCCGUUUUCAUUUCACAAUCCUAACCUCUUGCCUAAGAAGAACGUCUACUCUCGUCCAUUGUUCCUUUUGCUUUUUAAUAUAUCCCUUACAUUCACCAUGGAUGCAGCCCCUACAAGAACACUCCUGUUGAUAGGCUCUGGUCCCGGAAUCGGAGUGGCUGUGGCAUCCUUGUUUGCCCAAAAGCACUUUGACCAUAUUGCCCUGUUUGCCCGCAACUCAUCUCAACUACAAGCAGAUAAAGAGACGAUUCUCUCUUCAGCGGCAGAUGUUGGUCGUCAAGUCCAUGUUCGGACCUGGAAGGUUGACAUCAGUGAUCUGGAACAAUUCAAGGCGGCUUUGACAGAAGUCCAGUCUUUUGGGACACUGGAAUGCGUCUAUUUCAACGCGGCUCGCGUUGGUGGAAGCAAUUUCUUUGAUUUCCCUGUUGAAGAUAUUGAGCUAGACCUGAGAGUCUCUGUUACUGCCCUCUACGUUGCUGUUCAAUGGGCAACGCCAAUCCUGGUCAAUACGAUGCAAACGAACCCGGGAGUCGUCUUCAAGCCGACUAUUCUAGUGACAAAUAGUCUUUUGCCUGUUAAUCCGAUUCCUGAGUACUUCUCUUUGUCGGUGGCCAAGGCUGCAGAGGCAAACCUGGUCAAGUCUUUGCAGAAGUCUCUUGCGAAGGGAGGAACUCGUGUUGGAAUGGUUAUUGUCGGAGGGAUUGUAUUGCCCGACUCGAAGUUCUUGAAUCCUACCACAAUUGCUGAACAGGCUUGGGAUCUGUUUAACCAAGAUGGAGCCGACUGGAAAGCUCAGCUUAAAGGUUUGUUUGUCUCAUGA